AUGCCUGGCGUACCUUUAUAUCCUUUAAAUCUCAGACUCCUCACCGUCUGGGCACAAGGUCCUAAUGUCUCCAUCUUGUGGUUGAGGAAGCAAGGGGCUCAAAGGAGCCAGGGACCAGUGUACCCUCAAGGCUGGCCUGGGCCUUCCUUUGUGGGUCAUGGCUCUGCCUUUCUUCUCAGGAGUGCCACUGGGGAGGCCUGGCAUGAGAUCAAGCCAUCUUGUCUCAGCAACCAGGCCUGUGACGAGCACGCCAAUGCCAGUGAGUGUGGGAGCGACAUUGCCUGCUUCUACUUCGUCUUCUUCAUCUUCCUUUGCUCCUUUCUGAUGUUGAACCUCUUUGUGGCCGUGAUCAUGGACAAUUUUGAGUACCUUACAUGGGACUCUUCCAUCCUAGGGCCUCACCACCUGGACGAGUUCAUCCGGGUCUGGGCUGAGUACGACCCAGCCAUGUGUUGCCGGAUUUAUUAUAAGGAUAUGUACAGUUUGUUGCGUUGUAUUGCGCCACCCGUUGGCGUAGGGAAGAACUGCCCUCGUCGGUUGGCCUACAAGGUUUGCAACUUCAGGGCCUCCAUGGGACGCUCUCCAGGGUGGGCUAAUGGUCAGACAGGCUGGAGGCCAAGGGCCCCAGAGGAGGAGAGCAUGGGCACAAGCAGACCAGGAGGAGCGGCCCCUCCCAGUCUGAAGAGCCUGACAACCGAGGGGUUUCUGGUCCCCGAGGGAGGCGAGGACAGAGGCAGUGGAGGCCCAAAGACGGGCCCUCCCGCUUCACCUCUGGAUCGAUCUGCUCAGCCAAGGCUGGGAACCCCUGGGAGGAGGGCCAGGCCCUGGGGCAGCUGUGCCUGCCAGGAAAAAGCUGUCCGCUUUCUCUCCUGGGUGGCCUGA